CGGCGGCGCUGGGCGCGGGAGUCGGCGGGCGGCGAAGAGCGUGGAGCCGGAGCCGGACGCCGCCGCCGCGGCCGCCGCCACCUGCGUGGCCGUCAUCAAGAUGUCAUGGCACCCCCAGUACCGGAGCUCCAAGUUCCGCCACGUCUUUGGCAAACCAGCCAGCAAGGAGAACUGCUACGACUCGGUGCCCAUCACCCGCAGCGUUCACGACAAUCACUUCUGUGCCGUGAACCCCCACUUCAUUGCAGUCGUGACUGAGUGUGCUGGCGGGGGGGCCUUCCUCGUCAUCCCCCUGCACCAGACAGGAAAGUUGGACCCCCACUACCCAAAGGUCUGCGGGCACAGAGGGAACGUCUUAGAUGUCAAGUGGAACCCUUUUGAUGAUUUUGAGAUCGCCUCCUGUUCUGAAGAUGCCACGGUUAAGAUCUGGAGCAUCCCCAAGCAACUGCUGACAAAGAACCUCACAGCCUGUAGGAAGGAGCUGGUGGGCCACGCGCGCCGGGUGGGCCUGGUGGAGUGGCACCCCACGGCCGCCAACAUCCUCUUCAGCUGUGGCUACGACUACAAGGUGAUGAUCUGGAACCUGGACACAAAGGAGUCUGUCAUUGUAAGCCCCGUGAGGACAAUUACCUGUCACCAAGAUGUGAUUCUCUCCAUGUCCUUCAACACCAACGGCAGCCUGCUGGCCACCACCUGUAAAGACCGCAAGAUUCGGAUUCUCGACCCCCGAGCAGGGACUGUCCUCCAGGAGGCCAGCUACAAGGGGCACCGUGCCAACAAGGUGCUGUUUCUGGGGAACCUGAAGAAGCUGCUGUCCACAGGCACAUCCCGCUGGAACAACCGCCAGAUAGCCCUGUGGGACCAGGGCGACCUCUCUGUGCCUCUCACAGAGGAGGACCUGGACGGCUCCUCAGGUGUGCUGUUUCCCUUCUAUGACGCGGACACCAACAUGCUCUACGUGGUGGGCAAGGGAGAUGGCAACAUCCGCUACUACGAGGUGAGCGCCGACAAGCCUUACCUGAGCUACCUGACUGAGUACCGCUCCUAUAACCCACAGAAGGGGAUGGGUGUGAUGCCAAAGAGAGGCCUCGACGUGUCCUCCUGCGAGAUCUUCCGCUUCUACAAGCUGAUCACAACGAAAAGCCUCAUCGAGCCCGUAUCCAUGAUCGUGCCCCGGCGGUCGGAAUCCUACCAAGAGGACAUCUACCCGCCAACCGCAGCGGCCCAGCCCUCCCUGACGGCCCAGGAGUGGCUCCAUGGGAUGAACAGAGGGCCAGUCCUCGUGUCCCUUCGGCCCGGCUCUGAGCUGCUGAGCCCCCGGCCACUGCCUCCAGAGAGACCCAUCUUUGACUCUGUGGCCCCAGCCUCGCCCCAGCCCUUGGGCCAGACGGCAAAGCUGGCUGCAGAAGAUGGCUGGAGGCCUCCCUCCCUGCUGGAGGAGAAGGCACCAAGGUGGGCAGCAGAACGCAGGCUGGAGGAGAAGAAAUCCUGGCUCACAAACGGCUUUGACAUUUUCGAAUGCCCCCCACCAAAGACAGAGAAUGAGCUGCUGCAGAUGUUCUACCGGCAACAGGAGGAGAUCCGAAGGUUGCGGGAGCUGGUGACCCAGAGAGAGGUCCAGGCUAAACAGAUGGAACUGGAGAUCAAAAACUUGAGGAUGCGCUUUGAGCAGUUCUGAGCCCAGACCUCUGCCCUCCUCGCCCUCAGGGACACCACUUGGCUCUGUGGGGAGGUCCAGAACCAAACCACAAGUCCCCCAAGAACAACCACUAUUUCUACAUUUUUUUUUUUUUUACCAGAAAACAAGACUCUCAGUCAUUGAAAGAGAUUCCAGUGGGACGUGGUGCCGUUUUUCUAUUUGCCUUCUUGCAACAACAGUUUCUGAAUUGACUUUGUUUUUAGAUGAUAACUUGCCUUCUGUUUAAUUCUGUGUUCAGGGCCCACGAUGAGCUACAACUUCUCAAGGGGAAGAACACUGUAGACAGUUAGAGCUGGAAGGACCUAGGAGGUCAACCUGCCGGUGAUUUUCAAACUGUGGCCCAUAGAUUUGGGGGAAGACUAAGCAGGAAGGCUGUGUCUCCCCACCCCCAACCCCGUUCCAACCAGACAGAUCCCCUUCUAUCCAUUUUAUAUGUUGGGCUGCUGUGGAAUAUUACAUAAUUCUGCUACUAAAAAAAUGUUUCGAAGUUUGAAAACCAGUGACCUGGACCAACUCCCUCAUUUUACAGGUGGGGAAACUGAGUCCCAGAAAGAGGCAAGUGAGAUUUGUUUCAUGGCAAGGCUGGGCUGAGGUCCUGGUCUCCUGGGUCUGUCUGUCUGCUGUUUGGGUCUGCUGCAGCUCUCAGCCCACAGAGCAGGAAUCCAUUGGUCUGGCCUUGCUGUGCCCGCCUUGCUUGGGGCACUCUUGCAAUUCCUUUCCUCUCUGUGAACAAGGGGGACCCUGAAAAAAGCUGCUCUCUACAGGAUCUGCUUACCUGAGACCUUGAUCUGAGGAAAAUUACCUGUGGGGUGGGUGACAAACUGGUUUUGCUGCAGCAACUCACAGAUACUGGCAAAGAGCUCGCCUGGGGAUUCAGCCAAAUUCUAGAACAAAGACAGGAAGUCAAGAGCAUCCUCUCUAACCAGAAUCAGCCAGAUGUGGGUAGCCGCUGUCCCUUAUAUGGGCAUGCAGACUUCAGAGCUGUGUGGGACCUGUGUCGGUGACUGCUGACUGCCACUACCAAAGCCCUCAAGUACACAGCCCGCCUCCUGCAGGACUACGUAGGCAGAUUUCAGCCUGGGUUAGCAGACGAGCCCCCCAGGAGGUAGGAGUCCCCAGCACUGAAGGCCUGCCAGCAAAGCAUGUGGCUACCUACCUGGGAGGGCUUCUGGAGAGGGAUGACUACACUAGGUAAGAAGGACCAGGUGGCCCUGAAGUUCCCUUCUGGUCCAAAAAUUUUUCUUCAUCCCUCCUUAAUGAAUCUGCAUUCUGAGCCCUGCUCUAAAGUUCAAUAGUCAAUACAACAGCCCAACAAGAGACUGGGAAUGAUUAGAAGCGACAUUCGUCCCUCCUUACCGAGGAGUGGCGGAUGAUAAGUUUUCUCCCUUGCAUGGGGUGAUUCUGGAGCUGAGAUGGGGACUGCAGGAGGCCACUUAGCCUGGUGGGUUUCAACCCAAGCUGUAUAGUAGAAUCCCCUUUGGGCCAUUCAGAAAUACAGAUGCCCGGGCCCCAUGCUGGACCAGCUGAAGCUGAGUCUUACGUCCUGGCUGGUAGCUCCUAAAAAAUCCAAAAGUGUCCUAAGCCCUCCCCCAAGCUCUCUGUGACCCCCAGCCAUUUACUCACUCCCGUCUGAAACUCCAGCCAAGUUUGCCUUAGUGUGCUCUGGAGCAAAAGGCCAAAUCCCAGGCACUGUCAGGGAAGCAGAGCUCCACUGGAUGGGGUUACCUCUCCCACCUCAUUUGUGGCCAGCACUUCACAGUUUACAAAGCCCUCGCACCUCCACUCACUGACACAUGCUACUGUAACCCAGGUCAGGCAGGUAUUCUAAUCCCCAUGUUCAGAAGGGAAGACUAGCUUCAGAGAAGUGCAGAAGCAUGGUGUCCAAGGUCACCGGCUGCCAAGCGGUGGAGGUGGGGUUGCAUGGAGAGUCUCCCGGCAUGCCUCUGCACGGCGCCAUCCCUCUGCGGGCUCUUCCUGCCCCCAAAAGGACCCAGACCUCACAUUUACAAACAGGACAGAGGUGUCUUUGAACAAACUUGUUUUCUCUUUUUUAUUUUUACAUCUAGAAUAAAUUAUUUAAAUUAUUUCACAGCAAGGGAGAGGGAGAGGUAAUUUUUAUCAGAUAUUUUUUUAAGCCAUCUUUUUUUAAAAUUACAUUUUUUGUUUAUGUUCUUGAGCUGAUGAAGUGGACCUGCCCACGGUUUGCAGGGCCCACUAAUCAGCAGAUAUGCACUCAUCUCCUUACUCCAUACCCUGGGAACCCCCUUUCUGUUGACUCAGGAACUUGCUGAGAAUGAGGACAGCACUUGGAGAUGAGCUCUGGCGGCUAUCCACCUUAGCUCUACAAUAAUUGUGCUUCCUGGAACAAAACUUGAGAUUGUAUCAUAGAGGGAAACAGGAAGUUAGAAAUCAAUCUAUGCUUUUAAUAUGAAACCGUGCCUGAAACAGUUUGAAUGAUCAUUUUAAUGUUGUUUCUGAAAUUCCUCAUAGCUUUUUAAAAAAAAUAAAGAAAAGUAAAAAUAAAUAGCAGUGGAAUCAUGCAAUGGAAGGAAUUGAACAAAAUAAUAAACAUCUGGCUGGACAUUGUACUACA